AUGUAUGUAUACAAACAGCUGUCAUUUUAACCUUAAUUAGCAAUUUAUCUGAGUGCUGAAGGGUUAAAAGAGAUUUUUAGAACAACAUGUCACUCAAUGAAGGUAUAAAAUUACAUGAAUCUACAAAUCCAUGGAAGCCAACUCCGCUGAAAAAUAAUGAAACUGCAGAUGAUGAAAAAACGCUGCUUUAUAAAAAAGUUCGUAGUAUUUUUAAUAAAGUAGCACCGCAGACGUUUGAUAAAUUUGUUGGACAACUAAUAGAAUUAGAAAUUGACACGCAGGAAAAAUUACAAGGUGUUGUUAAUUUAAUAUAUGAUAAAGCAGUUAAUGAACCAAAGUUCGUAAAAGCCUAUGUUAUGAUGUGCAGGGAACUAGGACCAAUAAAAGUUGAUCUGCCAACUGAUGAAACUGCAUCGCGUAGCAGUAUUACUUUUCGUUCAUUACUUCUUAAUCGUUGCCAAGUAGAAUUUGAAAAAAAUCAAACUGAUGAAACGAAAGAGAGAGUUAAAGAACUUGAAGAAAUUGAAGAAUGUACAGAUGCUGAUAAAAAGGAAGAACUGAAAUUGAGUCUCGAAGAACAUGAUCGUCGGAUCAGAAUGAAGAGUAUAGGAAAUAUUAAAAUUAUCGGUGAAUUAAAUAAACAAAGCAUGUUGACUACUAAUAUAAUGAAGAGGUGUGUAAUUCAUCUUUUAGAAACACCUGAUGAAGGGAAUUUAGAACGUUUAUGUGAAUUGUUAACGAUAAUUGGACAAACAAUGGAAGAAAAGGAAGAUCUUUCACCAUACUUUGCUACAUUAACAGAACUGAUAAAUCGAAAUGGAAAAGAUAAAAUACGUCCAAGAAUAAGAUUUAUGAUCCAAGAUAUUAUUGAUUUGAGACAAAAUCGCUGGGUUCCUCGUCAUGGUAACAUAAAUUCAAAAACUAUGGUUCAAACUCAAAAGAAAACGUCAUUUAAUUCAUCACCGAAUCGUUGUUUUGAUAGAAGAAGAAAUGGUCGUAGUAUUUUUAAUAAAGUAACACCGCAGAAAGUUGAUGAAUUUGUUGGACAACUAAAAGAAUUAGAAAUUGACACGCAGGAAAAAUUACAAGGUGUUGUUAAUUUAAUAUAUGAUAAAGCAAUUAAUGAACCAAAGUUUGUAAAAGCCUAUGUCAUGAUGUGCAGGGAACUAGCACCAAUAAAAGUUGAUCUGCCAACUGAUGAAACUGCAUCGCGUAGCAGUAUUACUUUUCGUUCAUUACUUCUUACUCGUUGCCAAGAAGAAUUUGAAAAAAAUCAAACUGAUGAAACGAAAGAGAGAGUUAAAAAACUUGAAGAAAUUGAAGAAUGUACAGAUGCUGAUAAAAAAGAAGAACUGAAAUCGAGUCUCGAAGAACAUGAUCGUCAGAUCAAAAUGAAGUCAAUUGGAAAUAUUAAAAUUAUCGGUGAAUUAUGUAAACAAAAAAUGUUGACUCAUAAUAUAAUGUAUACGUGUAUAAAUCAUCUUUUAAAAACACCUGAUGAAGGGAAUUUAGAACGUUUGUGUGAAUUGUUAACGAUAAUUGGAAAAACGAUGGAAGAAACGAGAGAUCUUUUACCAUACUUUACUGUAUUAAUAAAACUGAUAAAUCAAAAUGAAAAAGAUAAAAUAAGUUCAAGAAUAAGACUUAUGAUCCAAGAUGUUAUUGAUUUGAAACUAAAUCGCUGGGUUCCUCGUCAUAUCAUCAAUUCAAAAACUCAAAGGAAAACGUCAUUUUAACGACCACGAAGAAAUGGUCAAAGGGCUCCGAUGGAGAAUUUGAGUUUCACGCAUGUACAAAAUCGUGCAGCAUUUACUGAAGCAGAAUAUAAGAUGAUGAGAGAGUUAGCAGACAGUUGAAAUUAAAAAAAUUUUUUUUGACAGAAAAAUAAUGAAAAAAAAUGUUUCUAAAAAAAUGCCGUCGUAAAUUUUAUAAACUAUACGUGCAAUUUUUCAAAAUAUUUUUUUUAAUAUUCAUUUUUUUGUAAAAAAAAAAUCAUAAUUUUUAAAUGUCUGCUAACUUUAUUGUCACGAAUUUAAUACCAUUUACUAAUUAUUUAAUAAUUAAUAAUUUGUGAUACUAAAAUUAGCCGACGUCUAAUAAAUUUUGUAUUUUUUUAAAAACAAAAUUAAAAAAAUUUAGAUAUUUUAGAAAAUUGCACUUGUAGUUUGUUUAAUUUUCUACAUGUCCAUAUUUUAUGAUACUGAAGUCAGCCGACGUCUAAUAAUUUUUGGAUUGUGCUUCUCAACGAUAAAUUAAAAAAAAAAUAUUUGAAAAAAUUGCACCUAUAGGUUUUUGAAUUUUCUAAAUGUGCAUAUUUUUAGUUUUUUUUUUAUGUCAUUAAUCUGUUUAAAUAAAAAUUCAAAAAUAUUUGAUCGUCUGUCAAUUUCAGGAUCAUCAUAUUUUUAGUUUUUUUUUUUUCUUCAAAUUUAAUUGUUAAAAAAAAAAUCAAAAACUUUUUAAAUGUCUGGUGACUUCAUGACACGGAGUUUAGCCGACUAAUAGUUUUUGUUUUUUUUUUAAAUGAUGAAUUAUAAAAAAAAAAAUAUUUUGAAAAUUUACACUUGUAGUUUUUUAAAUUUUCUACAUGUGCUUUUUUUUAGUUUUUUUUUUCCUUCAAAUUUAAUUGUUAAAAAAAAAAUCAAAACUUUUGAAUUGUCUGGUGACUUCAUGACACGGAGUUUAGCCGACUAAUAAUUUUUGUUUUUUUUUUUAAAUGAUGAAUUAUAAAAAAAAAAUAUUUUGAAAAAUUACACUUGUAGUUUUUUUAAUUUUCUACAUGUGCUUUUUUUUAGUUUUUUUUUUCCUUCAAAUUUAAUUGUUAAAAAAAAAAUCAAAACUUUUGAAUUGUCUGGUGACUUCAUGACACGGAGUUUAGCCGACUAAUAAUUUUUGUUUUUUUUUUUAAAUGAUGAAUUAUAAAAAAAAAAUAUUUUGAAAAAUUACACUUGUAGUUUUUUUAAUUUUCUACAUGUGCUUUUUUUUAGUUUUUUUUUUUCUUCAAAUUUAAUUGUUAAAAAAAAAAUCAAAACUUUUGAAUUGUCUGGUGACUUCAUGACACGGAGUUUAGCCGACUAAUAAUUUUUGUUUUUUUUUUUAAAUGAUGAAUUAUAAAAAAAAAAAUAUUUUGAAAAAUUACACUUGUAGUUUUUUAAAUUUUUUACAUGUCCAUAUUUUUAGUUUUUUUUUUUUCUUCAAAUUUAAUUGUUCAAAUAAAAAUCAAAAAAUUUUUAAUUGUCUGCUAACUUCAGAAUCGUGUAAAAAUUUAUAAAUCGAGUAUGGUCGGCUCGAUUCGGAUUUUUUCGUGAAAUUUAUUUGUGGACCAGGUGUAUACAAACAGUUGUCAUUUUAACCUUAAUUUUAAAUUUAUCUGAGUGCUGAAGGGUUAAAAUUGAGUGAUCUUGAAGUCAGCAGACAAUUUAAAAUUUUUGAAUUUUUUUCAAACCAAUCAGAGGCAAAAAAAAGAAAAACUAAAAAAAUGCACAUGUAGAAAAUUUAAAAAACUAAAGGUGCAAUUUUUUUAAAUAUUUUUAUUUUUAUAAUUUAUCAUUUUUUGAAAAAUUCAAAAACUAUUAGACGGCUGUUAAAUUCAGUAUCAUUAAAAUUAAAAGAAAUUUUUAGGGUGACAACAUGUCACUUAAUGAAGGUAUAAAAUUACAUGAAUCUACAAAUCCAUGGAAGCCAACUCCGCUGAAAAAUAAUGAAACUGCAGAUGAUGAAAAAACGCUGCUUUAUAAAAAAGUUCGUAGAAUUUU